UAUCAAUCACUCGCUAUCUCGCCCCUGCGAUCUCGCUUCUGAAAGCUCCUCCCGGAGAGCUUAUCAAAUAUUUGUAAUUUGUAAUUGAAACGUGCCUACGUUUGUCGAUGAUGAAUUUGACGCGAUCCUCGUCGAUCCUGUCAUGUAUUUUGUACAAUCUUACUUGAAUUGCGCGCGAUAUUAUGGUAAGACGGCGUAGCCGCGCCGAUGUAUGGGAAUAUGCUGUCGACGACGGGAUAAACGGCGAUCACGCUCGUCGGAAGACGGAUCUUGCGUCGUUUUGGCUAUGUUGUAUCUGGUGUGUAUACACAAUCGCUAAAGCAUAACGAUAGCCUACUAACGAAACACCGGACGGACUGCCUCACUUUUUCUUCGUGUUUACCGUUUUAUUCUAUAACUAAUUGUACUCUUUGUUUAUCCGGAUACGCUGAAUCAUUAGGAAGACGGAAUCAUCAUGCGUAAGACGAACAGAAGGAUCGACAGCGCCUGCGGUUUCCAUUUUAGAUUGUGCACGCCUCUUGGCGUAAAUGAGCGACAACGAACAUUUUAUUGAAUAUCUUGUUGAAUAUAUCAUGAUUCUCUGUUUAGAUGAACAAAGGAUGGGUUGCGUCAAUAGCAGAGCAGACGCUAACGAUCUGCACCCCAACAUUUUUCAAGUAAUGAACGUAGAUGAUGAUGGUAACUUUAUUUCACCUGGACGCUUGGAAGUCACUGAGUUGGAUAUUAUACUAUAUCAGCGUGGCAAGCAACCAAUUAAGUGGCCAUUGCGCUGUUUACGACGAUAUGGAUAUGAUUUGGAGGGGCUUUUCAGCUUUGAAUCGGGCAGACGCUGCGCUACAGGUCCUGGCAUAUACGCCUUUAAAUGUCGAAGAGCCGAGGAACUAUUUAAUCUUGUACAAACAAAAAUUCAGGUACGCAACAACAGUGGAGAUGACACACUGUCCAGAGACCUUCCAAUCCCAUCGCAUCCUGCUGCGUCAGUACCAAGCAUGGCAAUACCUAUGGAGCCUAAUUAUUUGGAUCCAAUAUCAUCUAGAAGUAACAAUCGUACAAAUUCGAGAUUGCCUCAUAGCCAACAAAAUGGUAUCAGAAGAUUAAAUAGUGUUGGAAGCAGCAAUGGCCCUAUAUCGCCUCAAGGAACCAUGGGCUCACCUUCGCCACCGCCUAUGCUGCCACCGCCACCACUGAUUUCUCAGCCCCAUCCGUCCUCUCUGUACGUUAAUGAAGAGGUUUUGUCGUCUCUCCCCAUGGAAAUGGAGCGCAACAAUAAUAAAAGCCUCGGAAGGGCAAUGCAGAGGUUGCCACAAAACGCUUCUAUAGUUAUUAACGCGAUUUCCGUCAGCAGAUCUGCAGAAACGAAAUUGAUACCCGGUCAAUGUAACGCGGGAACCGGCUACGAUGCAGCGUUGCCAUUACCGACUAUGGCGCCCUAUAUGAAUAUAGACAUCUGCAGCGAAGCCAACCCGAUCUCGCCAACGCACAGUACUUCCGAGACAAAUCAGCUCAAGGAGGAAAGUAAUGACAUAGAUGGAUCUGAGCAUGCAUACAUGAACAUAAGUCCUAGACAAGAUCUAGGCGCCGAGAACAUUGCUAUCAGAGUGCGUCCGCCUCCAUUGCCUGUCUCGCAAUCGGAAGUGGAGGAAGGUUCCAGGCAUUGCUAUGCUAAUCUGGAGGCAAGCGAGAUCGAGAAUCUAAGAAAGCGAUUCUCAGGUACUUCGGUAGCUGAAAGAUCACCCUUGGCUCCUUCCACACCGACAGGAUGUCCAAUCAGGGAGGUAAAUUACGCGGUUCUCGAUUUAGAUAAGAAAGACACACCAGUCGGCGUAUCCGAUAACGCCACAAAUCUCGUUCCGUCGCCUCCCGAAUCUCCAAACAAAACGCAGGGCUACGCCACAAUAGACUUCAACAAAACGGCCGCUCUCUCGGAUUCGGUAACCCCAAUCGUGAAUGAUAAUGAGGGUUGCAGAAAAACGCGUCACAAUUCCACGAUAAAUGACCUAGUAACUCCAUGCAGGCACAAUUCAGUAAGCGAGUAAGUAAGCGAGUAGCACAUUUUGAAUUUCGUGUACGAUGCUCGUAUAACGACUGUCCAUCGUAUUCUUCGCUGUAGAGAAAGGGAAAAAAAUGACAAAAAAAGCACAAAAAA